AUGGAAGACAUAAAAAUAAGUUAUGAAGAAAAAGAGAAACUUCACAAAGCUUUCAGACAACAUGAAUUUCGAAUAUUAUUUGAUGAAUAUUUUGAUGAAAUAUCAAAUGAAAAAUAUCGAAAAGAAAAAGAAGAUUAUUUAUUAAGUUUAUAUUUUAAAGGCGAGUUAAAAAAAGACCAAAUAAUAAUUCAACCUAAAGAAGCUUUUUGUAUUAAAACAAAGAUUCUUUAUUCUAAUCAAACAAGUCAAAAAAUAUUUUUAAAUAUUUGUACUCAUGAAGGUAUUCAAAAUAUAUGUUUUGAAAAUGCUGGUAGUGGUUCAGUGGGUAUUCCAUAUUCUCUUUCUCAGAUUCGACCAGAUAAAUAUGGAGACAAUAUGAGCUGCCUAAGCAUCGACUGCUGUGUAAACCCCUUCACUAUAGAUGUAAUAAGAAAAUACAAUGAGAUUUUUAAUUUUAUGUUAGAAGAUGUAUGCCUGAAUAUAGAGAAGAAUAUAAUGAAAGACAAAGAAAGGAUUUGCCGGGAUUUUAAAAUGUUGAGUAACAUGAAGUGCAAAGGUGAGAAGCCUUUUUUAUUAUGUAUAAAUAAGAAUGUGCUUAAGAAAAAUAUUUUGCUAGAAGAAGAAAAAAAAUUAGAAAAUCUUAAAAAAGAGUAUGAAGAAAAAAAUGAAACAAGUAAAGAUGUGGAUAAUGUAUUAAAGAAAAGUAAAAUUCAAACAGAAAUAAAAACAAAUAAUCAAGAAGAAAAAAAUAAAUCAAAUAUACAAAUAUUAGAUGAUGAUAAUAAUAUUAAAGAGGAUAUUAUAGAAAAUUAUAAGAAAGAUGGAAUGAAGAAUAAAUAUUUUAUAUAUCAUCAAGGUUCUAUAAAUAUGUCAUCCCUUUUUAAAAUAAAGGAAUAUAAAAAUACACCCAUUUCACUUAACUUACCUGAUAAAUUAAAAGUUGUAGUAUAUACAGAUAAUUAUGUAAACAAAAAAGAUAUUGAUAUAACUGUUCAAACAGAAAGAAAAGUUAUUGAAAUAAAAUUUAAUAAUAAGGAAAAGGAUUUAACUAUUAAUUUACCUUAUCCAUGCGAUGAAAAGGAUUAUUCUUGUGUUUUAUAUAUGGAAAAAAAAAAAAUAGAAAUAUAUUUGACAUUGCAUAAUGAAUAUGUUACAAGGUAUGCUCAAGAGAUUUAUGAUAAAUAUAUUUCUGAUGAGAAAGAUUCGUUUGGUUAUAUUGAUGAGGUUGUUCAGCAGUAUGAGCAGGAAGAAAAAAAUAAAAAUGGAAAUAUUGAAGAGCAAUUUAAAGUGAUAGAAGAGAAUAAAAAUAUUGAAGAACAAUUUAAAGUGAUAGAAGAGAAUAAAAAUAUUGAAGAACAAUUUAAAGUGAUAGACAUAAAUAAUGAACAUAAUAAAGAAUCGUUAAAGCAUAACGACCACUGUGAGAACAUUAAUAAUGUUUGUAAACAAAUGGAUGAUAAUAAAUAUGAGAUUUAUGAUUCUUCUUUACAAACCAGUGAAUGUAUACUUAAAGAAGGAGACCAAAUAAAUGUGAACAAAAGAGACAAUAAAUUAAAAAAUAAGGAUAAUAAAAAGGAUGUAUUCAAUUUUGAACUACAGGAAAAGGUGAAUCAUGAGAAUUUAUUUCCUAACAGAAGCUUAAAUAGAAGUAAUAAUUUAUUAAAUUUUAAAGAGAAAGAUAUAAGAACAGAUUUGAAUAUACAAUUAAUAAACGAAAAACCGAAUGAUAAAGAAAAAAUAUUUACACAAGUAAAUGAUAACAAUUCUUAUAUAAAUAAUUCGUUUGAAGUGGAAGAAAAUUAUAAAAAAGAAAAGAAACAUAUAAGUGAGCGAGAUUUUUUGAGUGACACUUAUAAUAUAUAUGAAUGUGCAGAUACAGGAAUGAUUUUGUCUAGUAUGAUAUGGUAUACAUAUAUAUAA